AUGAGUCAGGAGAUCCACAGCCAGUACGACUCGAUCCUGAUCCUGGAUUUCGGAUCGCAGUACUCGCAUCUGAUUACGCGACGAUGCCGUGAGCUGAACGUGUACUGUGAGAUGCUGCCAUGCACGCAGAAGAUGGCGGACCUGACAUGGAAACCGAAGGGUAUCGUCCUCUCCGGCUCGCCCUACUCGGUGUACGACGAUGUGGCACCGCGUGUCGAUCCGGCGGUGUUUGAUAUGGGCGUGCCUGUGCUGGGUAUCUGCUACGGCCUACAAGAGAUUGCGUGGAACCAUGGUGGUCGGGUCGACCCCCACGACACGCGCGAAUACGGCCAUGCAACGAUCCAGGUAGUGCAGACGGGCAAUGCGAUGUGCGAUGCGCUGUUCGCCAACCUGGGCCACGACUUGACCGUGUGGAUGUCGCACGGCGACCAGUUGUCGAAGAUGCCAGACAACUUUGAGAUUAUUGGCCACACGACCACAGCACCGUACGCUGCGAUUGCGCACAAGGAGAAGCCGUUCUAUGGUGUGCAGUUCCAUGCCGAGGUCACGCACACAGUGUGUGGCAAGGCAAUCCUAGAGAACUUUGUCGACAGGAUCUGCCACUGCCAGCGCAACUGGACGAUGGAGACGUUCAUUGACAAGGAGGUGGCACGUAUUCGCGAGAUGGUCGGCCCUGAAGGCCGUGUUAUCGGUGCCAUUUCCGGCGGUGUCGACAGCAGUGUUGCCGCGCGCAUUAUGCACGAGGCUAUUGGCGACCGUUUCCAUGCGAUCAUGGUGGACAAUGGUGUGCUGCGCAUGGACGAGGCCAAGCAGGUGCAUGAGAUGCUGUCGGAGCAUUUGGGUGUGCAGCUGACCGUCGUCGACGCGUCGGACCUCUUCUUGGAGCGUCUCAAGGACGUGGAGGACCCGGAGCGCAAGCGUAAAAUCAUCGGCAACACGUUCAUUGAGGUGUUUGAGCGCGAGGCGGAGCGUCUGGAGAAGGAGGCAGAAGCACACAAUGCCAAGUACGAGUACCUGCUCCAGGGCACGCUGUACCCGGAUGUGAUUGAGAGUAUUAGUUUCAAAGGCCCUAGCGCUACCAUCAAGACGCACCAUAACGUCGGCGGUCUGUUGGAGGAUAUGAAGCUGAAGCUCAUUGAGCCGCUUCGUGAGCUGUUCAAGGACGAAGUGCGUGAGCUCGGAAAGCUGCUGGGUAUCCCUGAGCACCUCGUGAUGCGUCACCCGUUCCCAGGCCCUGGUCUUGCCAUCCGUAUUCUGGGCCCCGUGACGCGCGAACAGGUAAAGCUGCUGCAGCAGGCCGACAAGAUUUACAUUGAGGAGAUUCACAAGGCCGGCGUGUACAGCGAGAUCAGCCAGGCGUUUGCCGUGCUGCUGCCUGUGCGCGCUGUCGGCGUGCAGGGCGACAAGCGGACAUACGACCAGGUGAUUGCACUGCGGGCCGCACAGACGACCGACUUUAUGACGGCGACAUGGUAUCCGUUCGAAUACCAGCUGCUCUCGCGCAUUUCCAACCGCAUUACCAACGAGGUGCAGGGUGUGAACCGUGUGGUGUUGGACGUAUCGUCCAAGCCGCCAGCAACGAUCGAGUGGCUGUAA